AUGUACGAGGAUCCAUUACUUCGUGCUUUUAUUGCUGAAAUAAUGACAAAUUGUAAAAGUCUCGGUGAAUGUUUGAGAUUAAUUGGUGUGGCCUAUGAUCCUUUGGAGAUGUUGGCUCAGGGUCUCUCCCGUCCCAUGACCAUUUAUGGAAGAGCUGCCGGUAGGAUGAAAGCGGUUGAUAUGAGGAACAGAUGCUCUGUGGCUCUUGACAGCGUUAAUUAUUGCAAAAAUCGUUAUACAGAUGUCAUACCAUUUGACAAAAACAGGGUGGUUCUGAACCCAUGUAAGGAUUAUCGAUCAUCAGCGAGGGGAUAUAUCAAUGCAAGCUUUAUCACGACUUCUGAAAGCGUUUCUCAGUUUAUAGCCACACAAGGUCCAUUGCCACACACAUUUGAAGACUUCUGGGAAAUGAUAAUUCAGAAUCGCUGCCCGGUUAUCGUAAUGCUUACUCGGUUGAUCGACAAUUACAAGAAGCGUCCACCUCCCACUCCUGCAUCAAUAGCCCUCCUGACCCCACCCCUACCCGUUGCCUCCCUCCAGUGCAGAACAACCACCAUCGGCCACCACCCGAACAAUGGGAGUUUCAAUGGUGGGGUUUUGUGGAGGUGGAGGUGGUUUGGGACAGCCUGUGCUGUUGUGUUGAGUUGCGAUGGAUUA